AUGGCGGCGGCUGAACUUUUGUGUGGUGGGGUGGACCAGGUGGUGCUGCCGGGGACCCGGUUGGCCAAGGCUGAUGACUACGCGGCAGGCGAAGGGACCUAUGUUCGUCACGACCGCGUCUGUGCCAGCCUGCGUGGAACAGUGGUUAUUCAUACGCCCGAGCCCAGCGAGGACGAGGAUGCCGCCAAGGUCAAGGCCGUGCUGCGGGUCGUGCGUGGCGGCGCUGUCCCCUCGCUCAUGCCGUCCGUCGGCUCGACCGUCACCUGCAAGGUUACCAGCAUUAAUACGCAACAGGCCCGCGUUGUAAUCCUCUGCGUUGACGGCAAGCCUGUCGCCACACGCUUCAGCGGCAUCAUCAGGAUACAAGACAUUCGGGCGCUCGAGAAGGACAAGGUUGAAAUGCAUAGCUCUUUCCGACCCAACGACGUGGUGUUGGCGCGCGUGAUUUCCCUGGGUGAUGCGCGUAGUUAUUAUCUUUCAACGGCAGAAGAUGCUUUGGGCGUGAUUGCUGCCCGCAGUGAAGCCGGUGCACCGCUCAUCCCCACGAGCUGGUGUGAAAUGACGUGCCAACAGUCUGGACUCAAGGAGCUGCGCAAAGUCGCCAAGACGGUAUAG